AUGGAGUAUCUCAUCCGACUUGCACAGAUGCAUGAGACAUUUCGCCGGCCUGAGUUGGAGGCGCUGGCUGUGUUGCACAAUGUAGAAUUGGAGAUUUUGGAAUAUUCAGAUCAGUCACCGUUCUGCAUUGCGAAAAUCUCAUCGGAUGAAGAUGCAGCAAAGCUCAUCUCUCGAUCCAUGUUGACUGGCGCGGUCUACGAGCUCUGGGGGAUAGGCAACAACUACGACGAAUGUCACGCAGAUGUAAAGAAACGAUCACAGCACCUCUGGCCUCAAUACAAAGACAAUGCGUCUUUCAGUUUUCAAAUUGACAGUUUCCAAGCCAAGCGCACCAACACGGAGAAGAGGGAUAUCGUGGAAUCGUUCUCUUACAUGGCUUUUGAAGGCCCCAUCAGGAUGAAGAACCCAGAUCUUCCCAUGGUUGUGCUUGAGGAGUAUGAUCUCGAGGCCAAGGAUCCCAAGCGUGUAGCACUGGGUCGUCUGAUCGGCGAAAGUGGAAGAUCGGUGAUGAACAAAUACGAUCUCAAGAAGCGCAAAUACAUCAGCACGACAUCGAUGGAUUCCCAACUGGCAUUGAUCACUGCAAACAUGGCUUUGGCAGCACCUGGAAAGAUUUUCUACGACCCGUUUACUGGAACCGGAAGUUUCCCGAUCGCGUGCGCGCACUUUGGUGCCACUGUAGUUGGCAGUGAUAUUGAUCCUCGCAGUAUUCGUGGCAAGCCGGAUCGGAACGUCAUGAGCAAUUUUGUGCAGUACGGACUGGUGCCGCAGUAUCUGGAAAUGUUUGUGAGUGAUUUGACGAACACGCCGAUCAGGAAGACGAGAUGGCUUGAUGGCAUUGUCUGCGAUCCUCCGUACGGUGUCCGCGAGGGCUUGAGAGUGCUCGGAAGCACAAGAGAAGACUUGCAGAAGGAGGUUCUGCUCAAGAGCGGCGUCCCAGCACAUCUGGCACCAGGCUACAUCCCACCAAAGAAGGCUUAUAGCUUCGAUGCAAUGAUGGAUGACAUACUUGACUUUGGUUAUACCCACAUGGUGGACGAUGGCAGGCUCAGUAUGUGGAUGCCAGUGGCUAACGAUGAGGAUAUGGAGAUCCCAAUCCCCAGCCACCCUGCGAUGCAGCUGGUAGCCAUGUCGGUCCAGCAAUUCAACAGAUGGGCCCGCAGACUCAUCACUUACCGCCGCGUUCCAGAAGCUCAAGUGGACCAGGAAGCACUUCGAAACCGCGAGAAGCGUGAAGAGGCAACCGGAGUGACGGCAGAUGAUCUCAACGCAUUCCGUCGNAAAGGCUUCAAAGAUCAGCAGCAACAAGUCGAGGCGAGCGCAGCGGCAUCAUCAUGA